UGACAUGUCUCUACCUUUCAGAUUCAAAGCUGGAGGUUCUGGAGGCAAUUCCACUAUGGCGCCAACUAUGACUUCUGUGCAUCAUCACAGGAGCACUACGAAACAAGAGCACAAGCCUUACAAAUCCCGUCACGCCUCGAAGAGUGCCCUGAAGGAUGCGGCGAAAGGCAAAGUAGAAAGUCAUCGGGCCAACAAAGGGCAGAGAAAGACUCCUCAUCAACAAGCCAUGUCGAAACUCACCAGACGCAACCAAGCCAAACAAAUGCGCAUGAACCACAAGGAAAAGAGAGAGGGUGAAGAACAUAUUUUCCAGGGCACAGAUGGUGCUGCCAAACAUAUUGCAAUCGUCCCGUUGUCAAGGAUGAUCGAUUCCUAUGCCACCAUCAAAUCCCUCAAUCAAGGUGUCGACAUCUCCGGCCCUGAUGUUUCCAGUGGCACCGUUCCUGUUCGGAUUGAAAGAUUUCGUCGGAACCUACUUUACUUACCCGCCACAUUCGACCUUCUCAACGCCCUCGAUGUUUGCAAACUGGCCGACUGGGUUGUUUUCGUUCUGGACGCGGAACAAGAGUUUGGCGAAGAGGAGGAUUCAUUCUUGAGAGCGCUCGAGGGUCAGGGCAUCACAAAUGUCACUGCGGUGGUCAAGGAUAUAGAGGCCAAGGUUCCUGCUGCAAAAAGGUCUCGCCAUAUGACAGACCUGAAGAUAUCCAUCGGGCGGUACUUCCCUGCAUUAGACAAGUUGUCAAGCCUCGACAGCAAGUCGGAUUGCUCCAACUUGGUGCGGAGCAUGUGCACUGCGUCUACGAGAGGAGUCCGAUGGAGAGACGAUAGGAGUUGGAUGUUGGUCGAAAAUGUGAACUGGGCCAGUGCUGGCGACGGAGCCGACACCACCGCAGUCACUCUCUGUGGCACAAUCCGCGGUAAGGGUCUGAACCCGGACAGGCUGGUCCAUGUUCCUGGCUGGGGAGAUUUCCAGAUCAACGUCAUCAGAGAAGUACCUAAGCAAGGACAGAAGCGAAAAGCGAACGAAAUGGACGCAGAUGUGCCCGUCAAGGAAUGGAGACCUACUGCGGAUCAAGACGAAUUGGCAGAGCUUGCACCGGAACAAGCAGAGAUGCAUGAUGUUGCCAGUACGGCUGCUACGACAGAGCACAAGGGCGUUCUACUUGACGACCACCACUAUUUCUCUGACGACAACUCUCAUAUUCCCGCUCCACCAAAGAAACUUCCAAAGGGCACCUCGACUUACCAGGCCGCGUGGUAUCUGGACGAUGUCUCCGAUUCUGACUCCGACAUGGGAGAGGAUGACAACGAGGGCGACGUUGCUAUGGAUGCCGCAGAUUCCUUGGGUCCCGAAGACGGCGUGGCUAUCGCGAAUGGCGAUGCCAUGACUGAAGUGGGACAGUCUGAAUACCCAGAGUCCGAGAUGCAUGUGGACCAAGAUGAAGAGGAAGAAGCUCGUCAGCUGGAAGAAUUUAGAGCCGGUCGAAAGAAGGAAGCAGAGGAAGACCUCGAGUUUCCUGACGAGAUCGAACUUCACCCAGAUGUGCUGGCUCGAGAAAGGCUGGCGAAAUACCGUGGCCUCAAAAGUCUACGAACGAGUGAGUGGAACCAUGCUGAAGAUGCGGCUCAUGAGCCAUUCGAAUACAAAAGGCUGCUACAAGUUGCCGACUACAAAAAAUCCUUGAAUUCGGCCCUCAAAGAAUCGCUGGCUGGUGGAGUGCUUGCGGGGACGAAAGUCGAGAUUGAACUUCGAAAUGUCCACGUGUCACUGGCAUCGGCACCGGCACCGGCCUCGAUGUUUGCCCUUCUUCGCCACGAACACAAACACGCGGUCGUCAACCUCAACUUUACACUCAACUCGGACUUUGACGGCCCCUUGAAAUCCAAGGACGAAGUCGUCGUCCAAAUCGGCCACCGUAGGUUGAUCAUCAAUCCCAUCUUCUCGGCUUCUGGACAGACACCGAACGACGUGCACAAGUUUGAUCGGUUCCUCCAUCCAGGUCGAACGGCGAUCGCUACGUUUACGGGACCUCUGACAUGGGGUUCUGUGCCUGUACUCGUCUUCCGUCGUGAAGCAGCAACAGCAGCAGUAGCGGCGGCGGCGGCGACCACUGACGAUGUUGUGCCGGCCCUUGUGGAUUCGAGUAUUGUUUCAGAAGCACCCGGCGGUGUCGUCUCGCCUACACAACAGUUACGACUGAUCGGCUCGGCGACGACCCUCGCCCCUUCAUCUUCACGCGUCGUGGCCAAGCGAGUCAUCUUGACAGGUCAUCCCUUCAAGAUCCACAAGAAACUCGUGACUGUGCGGUACAUGUUUUUCAACCGCGAGGACGUCUUGUGGUUUGCCGCGCUGCCGUUGUGGACGAAGCGUGGCCGACAGGGGUUCAUCAAGGAACCUCUCGGUACGCAUGGGUAUUUCAAGGCGACGUUCGAUGGCAAGAUCAACCCUCUCGACGCGGUCGGCGUGAGCUUGUACAAGCGUAUAUGGCCACGGCCCGCCAGACCUCUUGAGUUUUGA